AUGGCGCCAAUGUCAGGGGAGGUUGACGGCUGGUUCCGCUACUGCCUACCUAGGCGCUUUGGCAAGUGCCACUACCGACCGUGCCUUCCUCGAACAAUCAACCAGCCUCACCACUCAGUUCUUGCACCUUCUCAAGGCUUCCUCGACAGCGAAACAGAAGUUCUUCUUCUCGGAACAUCAAUCAUCAACUGCAUCAUAUCUCACUUCAUUUCCCAAAAGCACUACUCGCCUCGCCCCGACCCUCGCCCUUCACUCCCGCUUAGGGCUCUUUGUCAUUCCUUCCAACCUUCUCAAGACACCAGUUCAAUCACCAUGACUUGCGUCUCUCGCAGAUCCCGACAGGUAAUAUCGGGGCGUCGUCGACAUCACGUUGGGAGAGUGACUGCUUGGAAGGAACCGCGCCUUGCAGCAGACUACUUGGGCACGUCACCUCCACCAUCCAAAGUCUAUGUCACCAAGGAUGGAAAAGCCAAAGACGAUGGUCGCUACGACAUGUCUGGUACAAGUCGCAAACGGGAGCAGCCCACCCGCGUCAAGGCUUCCGUUCCUUCUCCGCAGCACAUGAAGGAAGAGAACAUGGCUGAGGAUGGAUUCCAUGCGCGCCCAUCCAUCAAGUUGCCUAUCCCCGAUCAUAUCAAGGCAAUGCUUGUCGACGACUGGGAGAACAUCACUAAAAACAACCAGCUGGUCCCGCUCCCUCAUCCUCACCCCGUCGAUGAUAUUCUGAACGACUACCUCAACUACGAGCGCCCCAACCGAGAAGAUGGUUCUGCAAACAUGGACAUCCUCGAAGAAGUCGUGGCUGGUCUCCGCGAGUACUUUGAGAAGUCUUUGAGCCGGAUCCUUUUGUACCGCUUUGAACGCCCCCAGUACCACGAGAUCCGCAAGGUAUGGGAGAAGGCCACGGAGAACGACAAGCAUAAGUCUGUCUGCGACACAUAUGGCCCCGAGCACAUGUGCCGCCUGAUGGUGUCCUUGCCUGAGCUCGUUGCCCAAACAAACAUGGACCAACAGUCCGUUUCGCGUCUGCGUGAGGAACUCUCCAAGCUUACAGUCUGGCUUGGCAAGAACGCAAAGAAAUACUUUGUCAGCGAGUACGAGACUCCUUCUCAGGAGUAUAUCGAUAAGGCCCGGAGUUUCUAG